ACGCAUCUCUCUCCAAACCUUACGCUCAUUACACUUGGUUGCCUUGCGUUGUUUUCGCUCCAUCCCCACACUCAUUUUCGCCUUUCUGCUCACGCCACGAGAUAACCAAAAACGCUCAUUUCCAAUCAAUCAACACCAAACAAAAGCAAAAGUAUGCGCUUCUCCACUGCUGCUGUGGCGCUCGGUGCGCUCUUCAUGGGCGCCAGCGCGGACGUCGCUGAUAUUGCUCCUGAAAUUCAAACUUCGGUCCUCAUGGUCCUCGCCCACGCCAUCCCUUCGGAAAGCAUAUCCUUCGCCGUCGCCAGCCCUGCGGCCUUUGCCUCAGAAAUGGCUUCGUGCCUUUCUGCCAGCAGCACCCCGGCGUGGUACCAGGCGCUGCCGACCGACGUGCAGAGCCUCCUACCCCAGAUCUACCCUAAUGAGACGCCUACCCCCAGCCCUACUCCCUCGGCCACCCCUUCGUCGACUCCCAGCCCUACUCCUACCCCUUCGUCCAGCGCCGUUGUCACGCCCUACCCGACUGCAGGCUUGAACAGCACGAGUGCUAUUACCAAGCCUCCUACCAGCGCUACUGGAACCAUCAGCUUGAGCUUGAUCCCUACCCCCAGUGCUACCGGCCCUGAAGGCCCUGCUUUUACCGGUGCGGCUUCCAAGCUUUCGCUCAGCGCUGGUCUUGGUGCUGUCAUCGGUCUGGUCGGUGUUCUUGCUUUGUAA